UACUAUUUACUGUGUGUCUCUCCCUUCUUUGUUCUCUUCUCUCAUCUCUUUCCACUCUCUGCUAUGUAGACUCUCUACUCUCCGUUAAAAUCUAGCUAUCUAUAUAUAACCGAAUAAAAAACUCUUUUUGGAAUUCAGGAUCUCUUAACUUUCUUUCCUCAUACUUUCUAUAUUUCUUCUUUUCGAAGUCUCUCUCCCUCACACAAUACAACCAUCCAUAUUCUAGGGAGAGAGAGCUUGUUAUCUGGAAAAUGGGAUAUGGCAGGCUCGGAUGUUCUGAGUCAUUCAGGUCAAUUGCUUCAUUAUCAACUGAUCCAAUGCCAAAUCAAUCAUCAAAUCCAUCAAGAAAAAAACGUAGAAUAGUUCUACUCUCAAUCCUAUCCAUCUUCUUGCUAGUUGGUUGUGGAAUUUCAGCUGUUCUUCUUGCUCAUACCCGGAAAGGGUCAAAUUCAUCGGAAGCUAAGGUUCGGAGACAGCCCACACAAGCAAUCUCAAAAACUUGCAGUAAAACUCGUUAUCCAGAUCUCUGUGUCAACUCACUACUGGAUUUUCCUGGUUCGUUGAGUGCAGGAGAACGCGACCUGGUUCAUAUAACAGUAAAUAUGACUCUUUCGCAUGUCGGUAAUGCAUUGUCGGGCGCUUCAGAAAUCAUCAACUUGGAUAUGAAUAAACGAAUAAGAUCAGCAUAUGAUGACUGUUUAGAGCUAUUAGAUGAUUCUGUAGAACAACUUUCACGUUCGUUAUAUCACGUCAGUCCAGUAUCAAGAACAUCUACGUUAUCCAAUGAUGAUGAUGAUCAGCCAGCAUCAUCUGAAGAUGUCAUGACAUGGCUCAGCGCUGCUCUAACAAAUCACGACACGUGCACAGAGGGACUUGAAGAUGUAAAUGGGAAUGUUAAAGAUGUGAUGUCGGAACAUUUGAAAGAUCUUGGUGAAUUAGUAAGUAAUUCUUUGGCAAUUUUUUAUGAUUCCAAAGUUGAUGAUGAUUUUUCUGGUAUUCCUGUACAAAACCGAAGAAAAUUAAUGAGCAAGAAAAGUUCCUCAGCGGAAGAAAAUGGUUUUCCAGCAUGGGUUUCCACUAGGGAAAGAAAGUUAUUAGAUGCGCCGAUAUCAGCGUUACAAGCCGAUAUUGUUGUAUCAAAAUACAGUAACGGAAGUGAUGGUGCCUAUAAAACUAUUACAGCAGCAAUUAAAGCAGCGCCACAAAAGAGUAAUCGACGUACGAUUAUCUACAUAAGGGCAGGAAGGUACGAAGAAAAGUACCUCAAAGUAGGAAAGAAAAAGAAGAAUUUGAUGUUCAUCGGAGAUGGAAAGGGUAGGACAAUCAUUUCCGGUGGGAAAAGCGUUCUGGACGGCCUUACGACAUUCCAUACUGCUUCAUUCGCUGCAACUGGAACUGGAUUUAUUGCAAGAGAUAUGACAUUUGAAAACUAUGCUGGACCAGAAAAACAUCAAGCAGUAGCCCUAAGAGUAGGAGCAGAUCAUGCCGUUGUAUACCGGUGUAACAUAAUUGGAUAUCAAGAUAGUUUAUACGUGCAUUCACAGCGACAGUUCUACCGCGAAUGUGAUAUAUACGGCACAGUUGAUUUCAUUUUUGGUAACGCUGCCGUGGUUCUUCAAAAUUGCAAUAUCUAUGCUCGUAAGCCUAUGCCCAACCAGAAAAACACAAUUACAGCGCAAAACAGGAAAGACCCGAACCAAAAUACAGGAAUUUCGAUCCACAAUUGCAAAAUCGUGGCCACUCCAGAUCUCAAAGCAGCACAGAUGAACCAUUCAACGUAUCUUGGCCGUCCGUGGAAAAUGUAUUCAAGAACUGUUUAUUUGUUAUCAUAUAUGGGCGAUCACAUCCAUCCAAACGGAUGGUUAGAAUGGAACGAUACAUUUGCACUUGAUACAUUGUACUAUGGGGAGUAUAUGAAUUAUGGUCCGGGUGCAGGUGUUGGAUCACGGGUCCAAUGGAGUGGGUACCGAGUUAUAACUUCAGCUGUGGAAGCAGCUAAGUUUACUGUCGCCAGAUUUAUAUAUGGAUCUUCUUGGUUACCAGCAACGGGAGUUGCUUUUGUUGCAGGAUUAUUGGUUUAAUUUGCAUAGAAUCUAGUGGAUAUAUAGGAUGUUUCUUUUCGUAUACGAUUUUUUCUGUAUACAAUUAAUUAGUAGUUCGAUUUUUCAGUUUCAUUUUAAUUAUUGAUGAAUGAGGCAAAAACUCACAUUGUUGCCCUUGGAAUAAUUGUACAGUUUAAAUUCUUCCUAAAUAAAAUAUCAUGGAAAGUCUAGUUAAUUUUCAGCCAA